AUGCCAACCACCCAGGGAACUGGAGGGGCUGGCAGCCCACGGGUUCAGCGCUACCGUCCGGCCUCGGAGUUUGACAACGCCACCCUCGCCCAGAAGAGAGAGUACUGGAGGACCAAGAAACGAGAGCAGAGGGCUAAGCUGUCAGAGGUCAAGAAGGAGAGUGCAGGCCCAGGAAAAGGUGCAAUGGUCUGCAAGAUGGCAGUGAAAAAUUAUCCAACAGGGGGCGCUGUGAUUGGAACAGUUACCUCAGCCAAACCCAAUGGAGUGCUUCUCAACAGUGGCUCCUUUGUGCCUCCGGUAAGAGUGGCGGUGAGAGCCUCAGGCUCUGCACCUCACCAACCACAGACCGGAAUGACUAUUCUCAAUGGCAGCUCUCCUGUAGUGUCAUCUGAGCAGCAUCUGACCACCCAGAGUGUAUCAAGGCCUGAUGCAAUGACAAAGACGCAAGUUACAGUGUCUGUUAAGCCUAGAUCGCUAACCACUAACAUUACCACAGGGAUGACCAUCGUGACCACUCAAUCUGCCCCUAUGCUCGUCCACAAACCAGGGGUUAGGCCUAGAGGGAUGAAAGUAACACCGCUAGGCGGGAAAAAGAGUGCAGUGGUCGCGGCCCAAGAAGUUGGAAGCAUCAACGACACAUCAGCUACACUGGAGACUGAGGAGGAGCGAGCCGCCAAGCGCAGAGAGAAUUGGCGCAUCAAGAAAAGAGAACAGCGAGCGAAGCAAGCGGCUAGGUUAAGCAAGGCCAGCAAAAGAAUCACGAACAUGGAGGUAUCGUUGCAGAAAGUAGAACUGUUACCAAAUGUGGACGUUGAACGUCCCCAGUCCUUUUUGAGUGGACAGGGCCAGAGGCAGUGUGUUAGUAGGGUCAGUGCCCCGUUCAUCUCAGCCGGACGGCUGCUGAAGAACGCCAGAGCAGUGGCUAGCAUUGCUGUCAAAAGGGAGUCUGACGAUUCAAUCCUGGCUAAGCUAACCACAGUCAACGCUAAUGAACAGACUGUUCAGCUAAGAGCAGAGAAUCUGCAGGAGGCUAAAGCAACAAUGCAGACUGGUAUCGCAUCUAAUAUCAUUGGUUAUAAACCAGCAGGGGAACCAAGCAGAAGGCUCCCUGGUCCAGUGCAGUUUGCCAACGUUAACCGAGGUAUGGUCCGUUGUAGGACUCCGAGACAGAGGUUCAUUGAAACCCAAAGGAUUUUCCUGGGUCAGAGAAAGAUGCGGAAGUCCCCCUGUCAUGCCAAAGCCUUAACAACCCACAACGCACCACGAGAUGACCCAAAGGAGACCCCCGAGCAGAGGGCGGCCCAGAUGCGGGAAUACUGGCGUGUCAAGAAGCGGGAGCAGCGAGCCAAGCUUUCUGGCGAAGUCCGAGCUAAGAUGAAGGAGAGGGAUGCUCUGAUGCAAAGAGUCAAGCGUUACCAGAGCAUCCUGGAGGAUAUGAGGAAGGCCAGAACAGCAAGCUGCAAAAUGCUGCCACAACCAACAGAAAAUAGGCCUACUCACACCAGCGCCUCAGAGAUCAUUGGAGGUUUCAUCAUGGAGGAUGGUACAGUGACCAAUAACAUUCCUCAAAUUGAUCUCACUACAGAAGCAAAAGAGACUGGGGGUGAAAUUGGUAGCAGUAGUGGGAUGCCUGUUAAUAAUUUAUUUACCAACACACACCGCCAACACCAACUGUUUCCCAAACCUACUGGUGAUACCUUUAGUAAUGUGGUGUUAAGUCAUCAAACACAGGACAACCUACCACCUCCUCUAAUCCGUUCUGCUCAGUUUAAAGUCUCUUGUCCUCCCGUCGGCCUGUCGAUCAUGAAGCCUCCCAGGUUGGUUUCAAUCAGACCGAGGACUGAAUUUCGCAGCACACCGAAAAACCUCCUGAAUUUACACACAGUCUUCCAGCCCCAGAGUCAUAUCACCCUCACACACCCUCAAAACAUCCAAAAUAUCUUUCCUGGUGUGCCUACAGCGAUGCCAAAGCCGGCUAGCUGUGUCAUGCAGAUGGCUGUCAAAGCUUCUACAGCAUCAGCAGUGCUUAACUUGGACCCAAAGCUAACAGAGGAGGAAAGUAUGGCUAAGAAGAGGGAGUACUGGAGGGUAAAGAAACGAGAGCAGAGGGCAGCCCGCGCCAUCCGCCUAAGGCAAGGAGUUCAAGCUAGGGGAAAUGCUGCCUCACAGAAGAGGCGGAACCAAAGGUUAGCACGAUUAGCCACAGCCAAUCCCAAUGUCAACACCUCUGUCAACCACACACACACUAUCAAGCCUCUCUCAAACACCAGUCUGCCCAUGCCUCCACAGGGAAACCAAAUAAAACAAGAAAGAGAAUCAAUCUCAACACAUGCUCCAUGUCCUCCACUUGAACAACCCCUCUGUGUUGAUAUCAAACUGUCCCAGUCUCCACCACAUCCAGAUCCACCAGACCUAGCCUUGAAUGCUGACAGCCAGGCCACCACUCUCCUGGCAGUGGCCUCUAUGAAGAAGCUUCUGGAGGAAUCUCUCAGCACUGUGGCUGACUGUAAAACGGAACAGCCCGACUGUAUUACAGAACAGCUGCCUUGUAAAAGUGAACCCCAGGCUUGUUCCUCAGAGGAGAAUGCCCUCCAGAUUGAGGUCAAGCCAAAUCUACCUCUGCUCACCCUGGGAGACGAGGAGAAAGCCUCCAUAUCUGGUGACCUAUUGUUGGAGGUCAAAGGGUGGCAGGUGGAUGCUGACGCCCCGCCACCAUGUCAGGUGACCAUUCGUCCACUGAGUCCUCAUCCGAAGGCCUCUCCCCUAUCCAGUCCUUGUACGAACACCCUCUCUUUCUCAGCUUCCCCUCUCAAUCGGUCUGAACCCUCCUCUCACACACCCACACAAUCCUGCUCCCAAAAGGCAGCCUCCGGAGGACCACUCCUCCCUGUCCCUCGUAGAGCCCAGAGGUUGCGUGCCAAAAAAGCAGGCCACCACCACUGCUGCUCCCCAGAACCUCCGAAGCUACAUCACCAGCCACCACAACAACAACAACCACCUUGCCAACUUCAAAAUCAACACCGGCGUCAACAACACCAAAAACACCCCCAGCAACAGCAGCAGCGUCAGCAACAUCACCACGCCCCAGUGGUGACCGACCAGAAUGUGACUCUGCAGAAGAAGAGGGAGUACUGGAGGAUGAUGAAGAGGCAGCAGAGAGCCAGGAAGGCUCGGCAGGGAGGAGGGGGGCUGAGGCAGGGGGACUACAGCAGACGACUUGCCUUCAAAGCAGCACAGGCUCCGAAUCUCCAUAUUGUCAAGACACCAACACAGAGGCCAGUGCAGAUAGGCGGGAGCUUCAGUCUACAAGCUGCACCAUUGCUCAAACCUCAGCCCUCCCCCCUUCUCCAGCCUAUAUCUCCCCCUGCCUCUGGACCUCAGGCAAGCCUCAGCAUGGUCACCAACAUCCCUACACUUCUGGUUGUGAGCCCCACCACCUCCAACAUGGGACAACCAUCUGAUACACUACAGCUCAGACCUCCGGUCAACUCUACCAGUAUUUCCAAUUCAUCCAUUGGCCACACAGGGUCCCCCCAGACAUCUCAUAGCUUCAAUACCGCGUUUCUCCCUGUAGGAGGCGGUGUCACUGUCCCUCCAUUGGGUGAGGGGAAGAAAGGCGGGCUGCUAUUGGUGGAGAGCCAACAGGAAGCGGCCCCGGGGUCCAGCCCUGACUCGCCACGUGUUAGAAAAUGGCGAUUGCAAGUGCAGGAAAUCUCAGACGCUGACGCCUCACCCAUCGCUACUCUCACACCUCCGCCUAACCCUCUGACUAGCAUCAAGUUCUUACCAAUUCAUCCUCCCAGUCAAACGUCCACAUUCACACCAACACAGACUCCUUUCAAAUGUCAAGGUGCUCAGAUUCCUCAAAGUGGGAAUUUACAAAAUGUAGGAUUGCCUACAAUGCAGGGGCUCACCAGAAGCCCCAUCUACAUAAGCUCCAUGGGUCCGCCCAAGCCAGUGCCGGGGGAGUCGGAAGAGGAGACUCUGAGGAAGAAGAGGGAGUACUGGAGAGUGAAGAAGAAGGAACAGAGAGCCAGGAAGUCCAUGAGGGACAGGGAGCUGACUGAGAAGAGGGCUUCGGUCAACUGGAGGCCCAUCCUCCCCAGCAGUCAGCCUCAACACCUGCAGCAGGGGCUGGAUACACAGGAACAGGAUCCUGACCGGUGGGUCAACACCUCGGAGGACUCUGAACUACAUCUAAGUACUUCCAGAGAGACAGACAUGGGCUACUUUCCUGACCCAAGCCAUACGGAAGAGGAAUCAGAGCUCCUUUUCCCAGACGAUGAUCAUAACGACAACUACAACGGCCCCAUCUCAGAUGCCGUAUGGAGGAACUGCUACCUCAUGGACUACGACCCGCUGAACCAGCUGCUGGUGUGCAUGGUGUGCGGGGAGCUCCAGUACUCCCACAGCCUGGAGGGGGUGAGGGCCCACAUCGAGGAGGCCCACCCGGACACCCUGAGCCUGGUGCCCCCGGAGCGCCGGCACAUCCUGGAGGCCUGGGACGAGCAGGUGUCCAGGAGAGAACUUUUCUUCACCAGCCAGCUGCAGCAGCACAGCGGUGGGAUGGGAGGUAAUAAGGAUCUAUUAUAUAUUAGAGGGCCCAGAGUUCUUCCUGGUAAAGAAAGGCUCCGGUCCCUUGCAAUGGGGACAUUUGGGAUUGAGGGUUUCUGA